AUGGGAGCUAUGCUAUGUGCAAGUGGGCGUCCAGAUAAAGAAGCUCUGAACUCAGCAGCGUAUUUCUGAAGCAACCCUUCGUUUAAGAAGCUUGGGAAAAGACAAAGCCCUUCAAAGCAAUAUAAUAUUGGGGUUAUGUAUAGAGGAAAGAGAUCGAUUCUGACAGAAGAAGAGUUAUGGGCUGCUAAAAAGAUCAUGAGAGCUUAUAGAAAUUAUAAAAACCGAGUAUUGACGACCCAAACUUCUUUAUCAUCAUCUUUUGAACGACUAGAAAAAGUUUCAAGAGAAGGUGUCAAAGUUUAA